GUCAUAAAAAUCCGGUCAUAAUCUAUUUUUACCCGUCACUUACAUUUUUAAAAUGAUAAUAAUGACAUAUUCAAUAGUAUUUAGUUUUCAUUCAUUUUUAAUCAAUAUUCUGUCCGAACAAGCUUAACAAGAGGCAAACAGACAGCGGAGUGCACCAGUCAGCGACGGGCAGACGUGCUGUUAGCAAAGCGACGAGGGCAGGAUGAGGGACUUGCGCGCGGAAGUAAACAUACGAGGAGAACGGAGUUUAUUCAACAUGGCUAGCGCGAAACAGACUGCUGUCAAUGACUCGUGUUGAUGUGUUUUAACUCAUUUAAAACUGAAUUUACCACAGACUGGAACAUAUUCUCGGCUCUCCUGUUCGCCAUCCGUGUUGUUGUAGAGACGACUUUCGGCGCGCAAGAGUGACGUUGCUCGUGAAGAACACGUCACGCAAAUAAACAAAUCUGAUUUGUCGAUUGAUUUUGUACCUACUCGAGAGGCUGUGUCCCAGACUUUUCUCUCAGUGUUUGAAAAAUACAGGGAGAACAGUCUGGCCGUGCCAGGCAAACACUCAGUUGCCUUGACAUUUUUCCGAGUAAGGCCAACGACGUCAUGCAUCAAGAGAGGCAAUAGCUAAUUAAUAUGCUCACUCGCCACCCUGUGGUCUGGGGUGUGAAUUGCAACCUGUCAAAAUGACAGAUGGACUUCAGUUUUUUCCGUCACCGUUUAAAAAAACCGGUCAACGACGGAAAAUAUUCGGUUAACGUGACCCCUGAUAUAUAUAUAUAUAUUAUCGGUGUUAUCGUAUCGGUUAUCGGCCUUGAGGAGCAGGAAGUUAUCGAUAUCGGUAUCGGCUUCAAAAAAUGGAUAUCGUGCACCCCUAAAAUAAAUAAAUAAAUAAACGGUGAUCAAGGUACAACAAAAGAACAAUUGGCUAACUUGAAUAGAAGUCCUCUAGCUUAAAUGUCAUAAAACGCUGACUUUUUUUUUUUUUCACAAAGCUCUUAACGAAUAGCACAAACACCUAUCCCCACAAAAAAAAAAAAAAAUCUAAAUAUACUUCUAAGCUGAAAUACAAAUACAUGAAAAAAACACAUUAGUUUGAACAAAAACCUAAAACCUUAUGUUGGCCUUAACAAGGAGCAGUUGGAUUCAGCUGUUAGACAAAUUAUGUCAUAUUCACUGUUGCUACUAGAGGGCAGUGUAUCCACCCAAAUCAAAACUAACAUUAGAUGGACUAUGUCAUAUUCACUGUUGCCACCAGAGGGCAGUGUAUCCACCCAAAUCAUUAAAACUAAAUGCAAACACUUUCAAAACCAUUAUGCCACAAAUUAAACAAAGCCUCGAAGCAGCAAAAUCUGAUUCAAAACUUUUUUCUCUUUGAUUUACUUGAGUUAAUUGAUUAAUCGUUGUAGCACUACUUUUGUGCAUGUUUUUUUAAACAUAAUACAACAUUUUGGGCUAUCCGGUUUUUAAGAAAUCUUACAACAGACCUAUAGAUGUACUAAUACCUUUACACAUGAAUUCAAGCAUGUUUUCUUUGAGGGUUUUAUCAUCUCUCGAACCUCCCUGCUUACUUUUCACUCAUGACUGUCAGUCUGUUGUGAAAACAGAUUUCUCAAGGUUAAAUGCCAUGUUACACCUACUACAUAACGGUCGUCUUGUACCAGGGUUACUUGAUGUGAAAAGCAAGCGUGGCUUCCAGUUGGCUUGAAAGAGGUGGAGUUCACAUUCACCAUCUGGCCACAGUGCUUGUAAUUUUACAACACCCAAAGAGGCAUAACAAGUCAUUUCCCUCUGCCAGCUGUGACAGUGUGGACGACAUUCAAAUGGAUCAGAAACUUAAAACGUCUUAAACCAAGUGAUCAACUUUCCACUGCACAGGGACUGACUGAACUGCAGCCAUGGUACAAGAAUACCAGUCUCCUGUCCGGGUCUACAAACAUCCGUUCGAGUUAAUAAUGGCAGCUUACAACAAAAGAUUUCCAAAGUGUCACUUGAUUCCAGUGUUUGUAGACAGUGAGGUCAUCAGUGAAAACCAAAGCCAGGAUGGCUCCACAGUGGUGAUUGAAAGACGCUGCAAGAUUGACAUUGAUGCGCCUCGACUCCUCAAACGGGUACAUCCUGAGAAUAAUGAGUGGACAUGUUUUGAACAGACAGCUAGUCUUGAUGUUAAAUCCUUUUAUGGCUUUGAAGGCAUGGCAGAGAAAAUAGCAAUGAAGCAGUAUGCCAGUAACAUAGAAAAGGGGAAUGAAAUUAUCCAGUAUCACCUCAAAGAGCUAGAGAAAGAGGGCAUAACGUAUAUACCUCGUUGGACUCAAACAACUCCUACAGAAGCCAUCACUGGAAACUGUGUCAAAGCUGUGGUCUCGGCCCGUGUGGAGGACAACACCAAAGGGAUAUUGACGACCUCUGCUCAUGUCAGAGAAGUUGUCUACAAACGGAGAGAGUUUGGAACUGUUGCUUCUCUCCCAAGGAGUGGCCGUCCACCAAAGAUGACCAUUUGCAUUCACGGUGCACCAAAGAGUUCUGCGCAGAAUACUCAGAGAGGACAAUCAGAUCAACAUGAUGCAAAAGACAAGUUGGAUGCUGAUUACAUCAGACGUUACCUAGGUGAUUUAACGCCUCUGCAGGAAAGCUGUCUUAUUCGACUGCGGCAUUGGCUCCAGGAAACCCACAAGGGCAAGAUUCCAAAGGAUCACCAUGUGUUGCGCUUUUUAAGAGCCACAGAUUUCAACUUUGACAAAGCUCGAGAGCUUCUGUGCCAAUCGCUGACAUGGAGGAAGAAAUACCAGGUGGAUUAUGUAUUGGACUCAUGGGAACGCCCUCAACUUCUUCAGGACUACUACACUGGAGGCUGGCACCACAAUGACAAAGAUGGUCGGCCUCUUUAUAUAUUGCGUUUGGGUCAUAUGGACACUAAAGGAUUGAUGCGCUCCUUGACAGAAGAGGUGCUGGUUCGGCAGGUUGUUGCCAUCAAUGAAGAGGGACUGAGACGCUGUGAGGAAAAUACAACAACUUUUGGUCAACCAAUCAGUUGCUGGACUUGCUUGGUUGAUCUGGAGGGUCUUAACAUGCGUCAUCUUUGGAGACCUGGACUAAAGGCACUCUUUAGAAUCAUCGAAGUGGUGGAAGCCAAUUACCCUGAGACUCUGGGCCGUCUGCUCAUGCUAAAAGCACCCAGAAUAUUCCCUGUGCUGUGGGCGUUGGUCAGCCCUUUGAUCAAUGAAAACACACGUAAGAAGUUCCUUGUUUAUGCUGCAAAUGACUACCAGGGUCCAGGUGGUUUGUUGGACUACGUUGAGCAGAAAUUCAUCCCUGACUUUUUGGGAGGGGACUGUGCGUGUGACAUUCCAGAAGGAGGUUUAGUUCCCAAGUCUUUGUACAGGACAACAGAAGAGCUGGAGAUUGAAGACAACCGAUUAUUGACAGAAUCCAUUUAUAAAAGUGCCAGUAUUUUCAAGGGAGCUCCAUAUGAGAUUUUAAUUGAGAUCAUAGAAGCUUCCUCUGUCAUCACCUGGGACUUCGAUGUGUCUAAAGGGGAUGUUCUCUUCAACAUCUACCAUUCCAAGAGAGCUCCACAGCUGCCAAAGAAAGAUGUAAUUGGAGCCAGUGGUUUAACGUCCUUUGGGGGUUCGCAGCUGUUAGACAAGAGCUGGGUGCUGGGUCAGGACUACAGCUUGGUAGAAAAAUCCCUCACCUGCAGAGAGGGGGAGAGUGCACAGGGCUCUCACAUCACUCGCUGGCCCGGAUGCUACAUCCUCCAGUGGUGCUUUCACAGCUGCCCAGCUGCCUCAGCCUCCAGCCUGUCUUACGUGGAUGAUGUGCUGGCCUCUCUGCAGGUCUCCUCCCACAAGUGUAAGAUCAUGUACUAUACCGAGGUGCUGGCUUCUAGAGACAUCAGCGGAUCCAUGACCAGCUUGGAGUCCAAUCACAGUGGUUUCUCUCAGCUCAGUGUGUCCACUACUCUUUCAAGCCAGUCACACACCAGCUCGACUGUCUCUAGGUAGCAGCAGCUUGAUGAUGAACUUGAACCCAUUGAUUUCUAGGUAGUACUGUUUAUGAAUUCCUGUAUUUUUCUUGUCGCUGAAACUUUGCUGUUGCUAUUUAAAAACAAACAAACAAAAAACAAUGGGCACGUUAGUCAAUCUCGGUUGUGUUUGUAAUUGCAUGAAGGUGUAAUCAAUCACUGGGCAGUCUUUUGUGCUUUUGAUGGGCCAAUAAAUGAUAUUUAGGCA